GUGGUACAAUAAAGGGGUAGCAUUCUUAGAUUUCCAUGUUUGAAAAAAAAAAGGUCGGUUGGUUUUGCCGUACUAUAGUGCGUUUUCAUGCAGCCUCGUGCUCCCAAUACAAAACACCAGAUUUUGCAAUCAAUACGUAUUCUUCUUAGCCUCUUCACUUUCUAGAGCAAGACAUCCAGCCAUUUUCGCAGACUUGGUCCCUCAAACCGACGAAAGACAACUGCGCCUGCGAUCUAAAGCAUCUUCCUCCAUGGCCCCUUCUAUUUUUGCGGUCUGUGGCGGUCUGAACAUGGAUAUAGUGAUGGAGACCGACCGGAUUCCAUACACAGGCGAGUCUAUGGAUACCAACUCUCUUGCCAACUUUCCAGGGGGCAAGGGUGCCAACACUGCCGUAGCGGCCUACCGUGCUAGUCAUCUCAAGUCAGGUAGCCCUGCUAGAGGGGUUGCUGCUGAAGGUUCAAGCAGCUCCUCAGUCGACGAUCGCAACAAACAAGAGGUCCGUGUCUUUAUGAAUGUUGAAGACAAGACAAGGCUGGUAGAGACUGGUGUUGAUGUGUCGGGAGUAUUGAAGGCCGACGGAGAGCCAAGCGGCACUUGUGUGGUUAUGGUGGAACGUAGCAGUGGUGAAAGUAGGAAUCUAGCAUAUCAGGGUGCUAUUUUGGGAUGGAAGCCACGCGAUGACAACUCGGUGUUGUGUCUUGCUGGCGGAGAGAAGCCCGACAUCAUCAUUUGCCAUCUGGGAAUCCCAGCACCAGUAGUCGGAAAGCUACUAGUGACAGCAGGAAAGCAAGGCGUGGAUACAAUCCUGAAUCCUUCUCCUGCUUCGACUAUUGCCUCCUCUGGAUACAAGAAUUUGACUCAUCUUGUGAUGAAUGAGAGUGAGGCGGCGGAGCUAACGGAUUGCAAUGUCGAGGAGUUGAAAGAUCGUGCAGCCUGGGAAAAGGCAGCGAAAUAUUUCAUAAGAUUGGGCGUCAAGAAUGUUGUCAUUACGCUUGGUGCAAGGGGUUCUUACUAUGUCACAAAGGAAGGGAAAGAGGGCGAGGUCGCUGCCGUACAGAACGUUGAUGUCAAGGAUGCAACAGGAGCCGGAGACACGUUCGUUGCUAACUAUACCCUCGAAUACGUCACGCAGAAGAAAGCUGGAGAGUGGGAUAUCGUUAAGGCAAUCGAUCGAGCGUGCAAGGCAUCUGCGAAGAUUAUCCAGCGGUUCGGAGCACAAGAUAACAAGAGAAAGCUCUCUGUCUUCCAUUGGGAUAAUUCGACCAGGUGCCAUGCGUAUAGAUAUACUCUCCACUCCCGUUAG